AGUGGACGGAACUCUUCUUUCAACAGCAACAACAGUUAGUCAGCCACCUCGGUAGCUUGCUAGACAAAAUAGCUUAACCAAUAAAGCUCUUUAGACACUUUCGUGUAUAUUAGCCACUGUGUUUUAAACACACUUCUGUCGUCUAGUUAGUUAUCCCAUUUACGGUGUUGUUAUUAGUCAUCUAGCUGGCUGGUUAAGUUAGCAUUAGCCUAGCUAGCUAACAUCCCCGACCAUGAGCUCACUAAACUACUCACCUUCUGCUAAAGAAGAGGAGGUCUGCUGGACAGAGAAAGAGGGUCUGUGGCUGAACGUUGUCGUAAAAGAGGAAAAGGAAGAGGAGGAUGUCACUAUACAAAAACAAGUAGAGGGUGAGGCCACGGGAUCAGUGUCUCGAAGUCUGGACAGUUGCUGCUCUGACGAAAUUGACUGGGAGAGUGACACAGAAGGAAUGGAUGAGGACUCUGUGAGUGACCACAGUUUGGAUUCCAGCGAGGAAGAAAUGUUUUUGGAAGAAAAAUAUCCACUUUUAGAUCAUGGUAGAGACUCUGGCUCUGAUGACCUCUGGGUGCCACUCCAAAGAGACCACAGUCCUCCAUCCCCAACUCAUUCAAACGUAGGAACUGGUUCCUCCGGUAUGACCCCUGCUGCUGCUGUCUCUGGCUCCACACCCACCCCAGCCCGGCCAUCUAGAGGUGUGAUGAGGUCAGCCCAGAAGCGGAGGAGGGCCAGUGAACCAGCGGUAACUACCAGCGAGGCAGAGGACCGUUGGCACACUGUGCUAGAGGAUGACGUGGAGCCACUUCCACCAUCAUUUCAACCUAAAAGGCAGCCAGGACCUCAGCUGGACAUGACUGCAAAGUACAGCCCCCUUCAUCUUUUCCAGAUGUUUUUCUCCUUGUCAGUUCUGGAUUCGCUGGUGUCUAACACCAACAAGUAUGGGGCUAAGAAACAAGCAGGCAAGAAAGAGGCAUGGAAGCCCAUUUCCAUCCAAGACCUAUACUGUUACAUCUCACUGGUUAUUUACAUGGGGCUUGUGAAGUUGAAAAACCUGAAGGACUACUGGAGAAGCUCAACACUCUACCAACUGCCUUUCCCCACAACUGUCAUGUCUUCUAACAGGUUUCUGACUGUCUCACGGGCGCUUCAUAUCAGUGACCCACAAGUUGAUGAGGACAAUGACAAGAAGAGAGGCACAUCAAGCUUUGAUAGGCUCUGCAAAAUCAAACCUCUCUACCCCAGCAUGGUUGAGGCCUGCAAGACCCAUUUUCAGCCCAACCAGAACCUGUCCAUAGAUGAGAGGAUGGUAGCCUCAAAGGCUAGAAUUGGUCUCAAACAAUAUAUGCGUAACAAGCCAACAAAAUGGGCUUACAAACUGUUUGUAUUGGCCGAUUCUGUGUGUGCCUACACUUGGAACUUUUUUGUUUACGAAGGUAAAUCCAUCUCAGCCACUGGUAAGGGACUUAGUAAUGAUGUCGUUAUGGAAUUAUUGGAUUUUCCAUUGCUUGGGACGGGCUACAAACUGUUUGUGGACAACUUUUACACAAGCCCUACCCUGUUUACAGACCUGAAGAAGCUGAAUGUAUGGUCUUGUGGCACCAUUUGUCCCAACAGAGUAGGUUUUCCCAAAACAAAAGUAAAUGACAUGCCUAAGAGGGCUGAUAGGGGUACCAUGCGAUGGAUUCGUAAAGAUGACCUGCUCUUUGUAAAGUGGAUGGAUACCAGACAGGUGGUCAUGUGCUCCAGUAUCCACAAAUCCUUCAGUGGCGAUCACGUCGUCAGGCGUGUGAAGGACGCUAAUGGGGCACGGACCACAAAUGAUGUCCCCAUUCCUGCUGCUGUAAAGGAUUACAACAAGAGCAUGGAAGGUGUGGACCUGUCAGACGCUCUGAUAGGCUACAACAAUGUUCUCCACAAGACAAGGAAAUGGUACAGGACAUUGUUCUAUCACUUCGUUGACAUUGCUGUGGUGAAUGCAUUCAUCCUUCAUAAGGAAAUGGCUAAGAGCUCUGGACAGACCUCCAUGACACAGCUAGCCUUCAGAGAGCUGCUCAUCCAGGAGCUUGCUGACUAUGGCACAAAGUCCACAGCAGCACCUUCUGUCCGCUCUACAUCUGUCCCCUCUACUCCUGUCACCAGAGGUGCUCACCUGCCAAAAUACAUCACUGCAGACCUGAAUGUGCCUCAGGGCCAAAAGAGCAAAGCAGGGAGGCGUCGUUGUAUUCUGUGCCACAAGAAAUCUCCCAUCACCUGCACUACUUGUUCUGUUACCCUCUGCUUCACAGCAGAAAGAGACUGCUAUGGGACUUGGCAUCAGCAGCACAACCUGGUGUAGAGGACUGUGGGUUGAAAAAAUAAUAAUCUAAUUGUAAAUAGUUUUUUUUCUCUUCUCA